AUGUUCAAACUGGUAACUUUGGCGCUGACCUUCACGGCUCUCGUUUCUGCCCAGACUGGAUGGACUGAUAGCUGGGACUACCCCACCGUAGACAGCACCCUCGGGGCCUCAACACUUCGCCCAACACCCGGAGGUACCAACGUCGAUCGUGAAUGUGGAGGAGAUCUCGCCAACCUAUGGCUCGACGUUGUCGUAGUCGUCGACAACUCCAAGGGAAUGACAAAUGAAGGAAUCACUGAAGUCGCUGCCAACAUUGCUACAGUUUUCGGAAACGGUACCAGAAUCGGAAACCAAUACACCGACCCACGAUCCACCCGUGUCGGAUUGGUCACUUAUAACGGAGUCGCCAAUGUGGUCGCUGACUUGAACUUGCUCCAGUCGGUCGAUGACUUGUUCAACACUGUCUUCUCCACUUUGAGCUCUGUGAGCAACUCGGAUGACUCGUUGUUGGCUAAGGGAAUUGGAGCUGCGGAGGCUGUCUUGCAGAAUGGACGACAGAGCAAUGUUAGAGGAAACUAUAAGAGAUUGGUCAUCGUUUAUGCAUCGGCUUACAAGGGAGAAGGAGAGAACGACCCAAUUCCAGUGUCCGACCGUCUCAAGUCAUCUGGAGUGGUUAUCUCCACCGUCGCUUUCGACCAAGAUGGUGAUGAGGCUCUUCUCGCCGGACUCGCUCAAAUCGCAUCGCCAAACUAUGCUUUCACCUCUAAGGACUUGAACUUGGUUGGAGAAAUUCAAGGAACUGCUCUUCAGACCAACUGCUUCUGCCCCAACUUGUGGACUCAAUACAAGGCCAACUUCGAUGAUGAGAACUCGUACAAAUACGGAGUGUGCAUCCGUGCCGCCACCAUCUCCUCAUCCUGGACCGCCGCCAAAUUCGCCUGCCAAAAUCUUGCCCAGAGCGGAUUCUUGGCCACUGAAUACGAUGGACAGAAGCACAACUUCCUUUUCAGAAUCGCCCAAAACAACACCGCCUUCUCAGCACCAUACAUCUACCACAUCGGAUUGAGCUACGUGAAUGGAGGAUGGAACUGGCAACAACCAGCUGGAUACCCACUCAGACCGUUAUCCGGAUACACCGCCUGGAACCCAUCCUAUCCAAAGUCCUUCUCCAGCAACACUGGAGUCGUUGAGCAGCAAUUCAGCUCUGAUUUGACUGUCGGAUGGCAAAACAUCAACGGAUACAGUGUUGCCGAGUACUACAUGUGUGAAGUCGCCUCCUGUGAUACUGAGAAAUACUGCCCAUAA